AUGGAGGGCUCUGGUCAAAUCGAGGCGCUGAAUAUGGAGGAGCUUCUCAAGCUUCGCGCUCUCGGUUCAAACAUCUGCACGAACGCCUGUGAUCCGUGGCUACCGCUCGGAGCGCAGGGUAUCUACGGAGGCACGAUGGUUGCGCACUGUAUAAUGGCUGCUCGGGCUACUGUGCGGGGCGAUUGCUCCAUUGCGAGCCUACGCAGUACUUUCGUGCAAGGAGGAGCGCCAAGAACUCCAAUUCAUUAUAAGGUCGACGAGCUUGAAGCAGAUGCCUCACUGCCUCUGCGAGCUGUACGGGCAUCCCAAAAAGGUCAAUGCAUCUUUACGGCUGUCGUUAGGUUCCAGAUUCGGCCACACCAGGACGCGCGGGACUCUCUCGCCAUGCAUCAGGCGACAAGCAGAAAAGUCAUGGGCCCCGUCAAGGACGGCGGAGGUGCGGCAGAGUGUCCGUACAUCUGCAGCGAUCUUGAGGUGUCGUCCGAUCCCCAAAACAGUCCUCAGGACAUCACAAUAUCUCAAUGGGUAAAGGUUCGCCGGCCGCUCAUGCUCGACGAUCCCAUGGCACAGCUUGCGGCGAUAGCCUACAUGAGUGACAACUACCUCCUUCCCAUGGCGACCCGCGUACACGGCAUCCACUGGGUACGCGACCCGGAAGUACUACCUUCCUCGCUCAAGCCUUCGCAGCUGCAACCCAUUGAUGAAGGCGUGAAUUUGAUGGUCUCGCUCGACCAUACCAUACUCUUCCAUCCAGUGGCAGAGGCUGUCCGCGCGGAUGCCUGGAUACGUCCCGAGAUGCAGUCUCCGUGGGCAGGACAUGAAAGAGCUUUGGUUUCGCAGAGAAUGUUUGCGGCAACGGGUCACUUGAUAGCAACAGUAUACCAGGAGGGUGUGCUGCGAAUGAAUCAGCCCGCAUAUCCGAUGCUCUGA